AUGCCUGUGAGACGCGGUCAUGUUGCGCUCCAGAACACCUACCUGGACACUAUCAUCAGGAAAUUCGACGAGCAAAAUCGCAAGUUUCUGAUCGCCAACGCCCAGAUGAAGAACUGUGGCAUCAUCUACUGCAACGAAGGAUUCUGCCAGAUGUUUGGUUUUGCCAGGGCGGAGAUCAUGCAGCAGCCUUGUACCUGCCAGUUCUUGGUGGGGCCCGGCACCAUGAAGAGUGCCUUGGCCCAACUGGCUCAGGCUCUGCUAGGCUCCGAAGAACACAAGGUGGAGAUCCUCUACUACGAUAAGGAAGGUACCUGCAGGCCGUGCUUGGUGGACAUUGUCCCUGUAAAAAACGAGGAAAGCAUCGUCAUCAUGUUCAUCCUUGACUUCCAGGAGCUGAUUGAUCCUACUCUCAAGAAGUCAGGCCUCAGGAACAGAUUCGCCCAAGGAUUGAUUUACUACUUUCCCCCCUCAGGUCAGAAUCGCAGGUUGAAGAUGAGGCUGCCGGUGCUGCGGUCCAUGCAACGACCUUCACUUUCCAAAGAUCAGUUUGAAGGAGUGGUAGUGGACUACCUGCAGCCAAACAGCGAGGACGUCCCCCUCAAAGAGUUUCGAAUCCCGUCGAAAGAGUGCUGCUUGCAGUCUGAGACAGAAGCCCUGAUAGAACAGGAUCUGGAUCCUCCCUCCUCUGCAGCCCAGUCCUCCACCAAGCGGCGCUCCCUGCUGACAGACUGCUUGGACCCCGACAACGCCUUCCCCAGGGGGGCCUUACCUCUGAGCUGUUCCCGGGAAAGUGUCCGCAGCCUCCGACGCGCCUCAUCACUGGACAAGAUUGAUGGCAUGAGGGCAGAAUGGAGCAAUCAACCUGGUGACUCCCGAACAAACAGCAAUCUGAAGCCCAGCACUCUGAACUCCACGUCGGACUCAGACCUGAUGCGACAUCGGACCAUCGGCCGCAUUCCUCAGGUCACUCUCACCUUUGGCUCGGACCGGAUGGGACCUCCUUCACCCACUGAAAUUGAAAUCAUCGCGCCCAGCAAGAUUAAAGACCGAACCCAAAACGUCACCGAGAAGGUCACUCACGUCACUCAGGUGUUGUCUCUCGGUGCUGACGUGCUGCCAGAGUACAAACUCCAGGCCCCACGCAUCCACAAAUGGACGAUCCUUCACUACAGCCCCUUCAAAGCGGUAUGGGACUGGGUCAUCCUGCUGCUGGUGAUCUACACCGCCAUCUUCACACCGUACUCGGCCGCCUUCCUUCUCAACGAGGUGGAGGAAGAGCGGAGGAGAACCUGCGGCUACACCUGCGACCCGCUCAACGUGGUGGACCUGGUGGUGGAUGUCAUGUUCAUCGUGGACAUCCUCAUCAACUUCAGGACCACCUACGUCAACCACAACGAUGAGGUGGUCAGCCAGCCGGGACGCAUCGCGCAGCACUACUUCAAGGGCUGGUUCCUCAUCGACAUUGUGGCCGCCAUCCCCUUCGAUCUGCUCAUAUUCCGCUCCGGGUCUGAGGAGCCUCAGACAACAACUCUGAUUGGUUUGCUGAAAACAGCCCGACUGCUGAGGCUGGUACGAGUGGCCAGGAAGUUGGACCGUUACUCAGAAUAUGGAGCUGCGGUUCUUUUCCUCCUCAUGUGCACGUUCGCCCUCAUCGCUCAUUGGCUGGCCUGUAUCUGGUAUGCCAUCGGCAACGUGGAGCGCACAAGUUCUGCUCGCAUUGGAGGCUUGAAGAUCGGCUGGCUGGACAACCUGGCUGAGCAGAUUGGUAAACAGUACAAUGACAGUGAUCCAGCCUCGGGCCCGUCCAUCAAAGACAAGUAUGUUACAGCCCUGUACUUCACCUUCAGCAGCCUGACCAGUGUGGGAUUUGGGAACGUCUCACCCAACACCAACCCAGAGAAGAUCUUCUCUAUCUGUGUCAUGCUCAUUGGCUCUCUGAUGUACGCCAGCAUCUUUGGUAACGUGUCGGCCAUCAUUCAGAGACUGUACUCCGGCACGGCCCGGUACCACACUCAGAUGCUGCGGGUCAAAGAGUUCAUCCGUUUCCACCAGAUCCCAGGAGGCCUGAGACAGAGGCUGGAGGAGUACUUCCAACAUGCCUGGUCCUACACCAACGGCAUAGACAUGAAUGCUGUUUUGAAGGGUUUCCCUGAGUGUCUGCAGGCUGACAUCUGCCUCCAUUUGAACCGCAGCUUGCUGCAGAACUGCAAAGCUUUUCGAGGUGCCAACAAAGGCUGCCUGCGAGCUCUGGCCAUGCGAUUCAAGACCACCCACGCUCCACCGGGUGACACUCUGGUCCACAGUGGGGACAUUCUCACCGCCGUCUACUUCCUCUCUAGAGGCUCUAUAGAGAUCCUCAGGGACAAUGUGGUGGUGGCUAUACUAGGGAAGAACGACAUCUUUGGUGAACCCAUCAGUCUGUAUGGGAGGCCAGGUAAAUCCAGCUCUGACGUCAGGGCUUUGACCUACUGCGACCUUCACAAGAUCCUGAGAGAGGACCUGCUGGAGGUGCUGGACAUGUAUCCCGACUUCUCUGACAAGUUCUGGAACAACUUGGAGAUCACGUUCAACCUGAGAGAUGUAGAUAGAAUACACCAGCCAACCCCGGGCAGGGACUCUGAUUGUGGCUACCGGCGGACAAGGCAUCGGAGAAGCUCCCUGCGUCGUCGCAACCGACCUGACGGCAUGGACCGUGAAGACUCCUACCCCGAUCAGUCCUGCACAAUGGCAAACCAUCACCAAGGCACGACAGAAGGAUCCCAUUGGGAAGACCUCUGCAGCAGCGCUAGCAACUGUUCGCAGUCUAGUGAUGAGGAGAUGAAGCCUGUGGGACACAGAAUGGGGGAGCUGUACCCCACAGGGGGUGACACCAGAGACUACCCCCCAGCUGUGGUCAACGUCCUUCCUCACAGUGGACCCUCAGCUGAGAUGGGACCGCCUGUAGACCUCGUAGGACCGCCAUACUCAGCAGCUGCACCCAUCAGCAUGUCAGGCAUGUACAGCUACUGGCCAGAACGCAAAGCCAGCCAGUUAUCAGAGAGUAAGAGACGAGCGUCGUCAGCCAGGGCCACUUUCCACCGUCCACUCUGCGCUCAGGAUCGGCCCAGCGAGCUGGAGUCCAGGCUGGAGCUGCUGCAGUCCCAGUUAAACAGGCUGGAGACCCGAAUGACAGCAGACAUCAAUGUGAUCCUGCAGCUCCUGCAGAGGCAGAUGGCCCCCGUGCCUCCGGCCUACUGCGCUGUGUCUCCCAGCCCUCACCCGCCUCCACCGCCUCACCCCACCACCCUGUACAGCACAGGAGCACCCACAAUCCACACUGUCCCUCCAAUCCAGCCUGCACAGAUCAACAGCACUGCCUCUCUCCUACAGAGUCCCGACUCGGACUGCAACCACAAAUUUAAGGACUCCCUGUCCAGCGGGAUCCAUCUCACUGUGACCUCUGAUGACACAAUGUCCAUGUCGCCGGAGGCCGAUCCACCUCAUCUGCCCGCUGUGGACAUCACCCCUCCUCAAUUUUCAGGGGCUCAUGAGCUUCCUGGACUGCUAUGUGUCAGCCAGCGGUUUCCCUCCCUCCCUGAGCACCUGGAGACCUCCAGAGAGAUGCAGAAGAUCCAGAGGCAUGUCUCUAACCCUGUCUUACCAGGCAGCUAGAACACCAACACCUCACAAAAGCCUGGUCCUUCGGACGGGACAGCCAUAUGUUCUCCACUCUGUUACUCCCUUUUCCCUUCCUUCAAACCUCCUCUGUCCUGCUCAGAUGCUGCUGUAGGGCGUGGGAUGCCUUGCCUUCCACGUCACUGAGGGUUCAGAGUGCCUCUUGUUUCUGACGUACAGACUCUACGCCGCCCUCACAGGCUGCUGUGGUUUCGUGCUCCAGCGCCCCCUUCACACCUGAGGUCCCGUGCAAUGAAGACGUUAUUCCUGCCCAGCAGGGUGGGCAAUUUGUGAAGUUGACAGUUAAUACAUACAAACAUAUACAUGCGUCACGCAGUCGCAUCUCUUCAAGGUUUUCUAGAAGAGAAGUGAAAUGUCUUUUAUGUCUCAUGUGAAGAAUUAUCUGCAUUCACUUUGUAUAAGAAUUGCACAUUUAGACUUAGAAUAAUGUAAUCAUUUAUAUGGAAUAGAAUUUAUUUUCCUAAUAUUAGAGAUGUAAUGGUCACAUUAAGAACGAUACAUCUAGUAAAUGUAAUAAACUAUGAGUGUAAUAAGUUAGAGACUUACUUUUGUUGUUUUGGUGUAUGUUGAAACAAUAUCAAAAGGCAUACUGUAGCUGUCUGGCACACUGUGAAGGAUGACGGGCUCAAGGAAAAGUGUAAUUCUCAUCUCGUAUUUCAUGUUCUUGUUAGAUGGCUCAUUUGAUCAUGAGAAAGUAUUACAGCGUACACAACCAAGCAGAGCAGAACAAUGUCACGGCUCCUUGUACAUGAACACGUAGCUCUUACAGUUUUGUUUUGAUCAUGACUGCUUUGCUUUGGUUUCCCUUAUUUCUGUGUCUGUUUGAAGUCAAGCAACUAUUUUUUUCACAGUCACAUGAGUUCAUAAUGUACCUGAUGUGUUUAUCUGAAAGUGCCAACAUUAGAGGACUUCUUCUCUUGACCGUGAUACUUAAACAGGUAAAGGGAAAAACUGCAGAAGGUUGUUUUAUGUCCACUGAGUGACAAGUGGAGUGGACGGUAACUGUGAAUCACACGCAGACACAGAUGUUGCCUCGAGGCAUCUUCUGUUAAGAAGAUCUCACAGCUCCAACCACAAGGUGAAUGUAAUGACUUUUUAAGCAUUUAUAUUUCUGUAUAAGGUUUCUUGAAGCACAAAUUCCUGUUAUUUAUCUUUUUUUUUUUAGAUUAAAGACACACAGCAGAGUUACACUGGGAGUCCAAAAUGCUUCUUUUUUCUUUUCAGAUUACUGACAGGCCGCAUCUCUGUAGUGUCUCACAGUGCAGGAGAAACUUUCUGCAAGUAUUCACUGAAACUACGAGUCUGAUUCAACUGAUGGACUUUCUUAGACGACUGAACAUGUAUGUAAUGUGUGUAUGCAGAGUUAUGAAUGACUUCUGAAAGUUCAAUUUUGAGUUGUGUAAUGAGAACUUUAUACUUCUUACCAGAGUACUUUUAUUUAAUAGUUGUUUUGAAGAUUGCGAUUUUGAAAACCUAUACUCUGCUCCUAAAAUAUGAUGCAUUGUUAUACACAUUAAAUUAACCAACAGUACAUUUACAGUGCCGCAAGAAAGUUUGUUCCUUCAAUUCCCAAAACUGGAUAAAAAGGACCGAGUUAAACAACACAAAACAAUAUACUAAUUUAUUUAUUUAGCAAAAGUAUCCAACAUUGAAUGUCUUUGUUGUAAAAAAAGUAUGUGAAGGAUUAUCUGUUCAUUUCAAGGGGUGGCUGGAGUCAGGUGUUUCGAUCAAUGGGAUGACAAUCAGGUGUGAGUUUAGCGUUCUCUCUAUUAAAAAUAUAUAAACCUGAGUCGUUACUAUCAAAGCCUGGUCUUUCCUACACUGCGGUUGUGGAAUUGUGACAUGCAGUGACACCCUAACCCUGUCACAUGUGGUCGUCCAACAAAAAUCCCUCUAAGAGCAAAGCGUGUUCUACUCCAGGAAGUCACGAGGAACCUCCAGGGUGAUGUCUUUCUUGCAUCGGCUAAUGUCAAUGUUCACGAGUCCACCACCAGACUGUAACUAACAAUAAUGGUGCGUGUGGCAGCAAACAAGUAACCAGUGUCCAAGAACAGUGCUUGUGUUGUUUGAAUUUGCUAUCCUGUCACAUGAAACACACGUUCACGCCAGCUAACAGUUCAAACCCUGGUGCCCCCUCUACAUGUACAUCUUUCAAAGUAUGGAGGACAAAAAGUGACUAUGGUAUCAAGAAAUAAAAGUGUAUACGUAGAAGCAUAAGAAAUCCUGAAAGAAAUAAAAGUUGAUAAUUUAAC